AUGAGUGAUCUUGUUAACCAGGAAUGUUGUGGAGGCAAGGCAAGUGAUCUUGUAUGUGUUGUAAAGGCUUGGCAACAGCAGGAAUAUGAAGUUAUCCAAAAGAUUGUGGAAAUCCUCACCGAAAGGCUGCCCAGCUACGAUGUUUUUCUCAGUUUUAUUGGAAAAGAUACUCGCUACUCCUUUACAGGUUUUCUUCAUAAUGCUUUGGACAAGGAGGGAUUCAAAACCUUCAUGAAUGAUGAGGGAUUGAAGGAUGGGGACCAAAUUACACCAUCCAUUAUCAAAGCAAUUGAAGGAUCAAAGUUUUUAAUCAUUGUUUUAUCUGAAAACUAUGCAUAUUCCUCCUUAAGUCUUGAUCAACUUGUCAGGAUCCUUGACUCUAGGAAGAAGAAAAACCAAUUGGUCUGGCCGAUCUUUUACCAAGUGGAACCGACAGUGGUAAGGCAUCAGAAAAGUAGUUAUUGCAAAGCCAUGAAAGCACAUGAAUAUAGGUUGGGAGAGGGCUCGAAGAAAGUGGAGGAAUGGAGGUCAGCUCUGAAACAAGUGGCCAACCUCAAAGGACGGUUCUUGAAAACCAGUUGGGAUGUUGUUUUGUAUUUUGGGUAA